UUUUCUUCUUCUAUUAUUGCUUUUAUAAACUGACAUAUACACAUAUGUAUAUUUAACCAAAAAAAAAAUUCAUUAUUUUUAUUAUCUCGAUUUGUUUUACUUCAUAUAUAUAUAUAAUAUAUAUAUUUAAUAUCGUUAUUAUUCUUAAUUAAAUGUUGAGGUGUACUUCACGAACACUGGGAGCCAAUAGUCAUACCCUUCAGUUUCGGCUUGUCAGUAGACGUUGGCUAACAACCCAAAAGACAACGCUAUUGACUGAACAUACCUAUGGACGCACACGAAUCUACACAAGCUUGACAACUAUGGCAAAGGGUAGAGCUGGCACAGUCAAAGCAAGGAUCGCUAGUCCUAUUGGCAAUCGUCUUGCAUGGGAAUGGCUACAACCCAAGGAUUCUGACACAUCCGGACAAGCCAGCGCCUGGGAUCGUCAAAAGAGACGUACGGCUGCCGGGUUUGGUGUUUUGGGAUCCAUCAAACAAAAUAUGCGAGAAAUGUUCUUGCCCGUUGGAUAUCCAGACUCUGUUCAUAGUUGUUACAAACGUUUCCAUUUGUGGCUGGGCUUGGAGACUUAUGUGGGAUCAGCGAUUGGCGUCUUGUGUUCACAAGCCAUGCUAGCUUCACUUGGACUGGGUGCUAUGGAAGCUACAGGAGGAGCGGUAGCUAUUCAAUGGGUGCUGAAAGAUGGUAUUGGAGAGAUAGGAAAACUCUUUUUUAUCAAGCGUUAUGCUAGUUCAUUUGACUCACAUCCAAAGACAUGGAAAUUCGUGUGUGAGCUCUUGUCGUCUGUCGGUUCCUUUCUUCAAUUGUGCACCUCAAUUGCUUCACCCAAACUAUUCUUACCUCUUGCUGCACUUGGCAAUACGUUUGAAUUAAUCCAUGAGAGUAUAUGGAUGGCAAGCCAUAUGACGUUCACAAAGCAUUUCGCGGCAAGUCCUUCUGGAAAUGUCGGUGACAUUGUAGCUAAGGAUGAUGCUCAGAUGUCAAGUGCUCAUUUGCUUGGAAUGUUAUCUGGCGUCGGUCUGAUUAGUGUCUCACACUCCCCCUUGUUUCUUUUUGGUGCAUUUGCUGUUCUGUCUCCCAUAAACAUCUGGGCGACCUACAAAAUGCUUAAUUCGGCCGAGUUUGAGAUCCUCAAUCAAGCAAAAUUGAUGCUUUUAAGUAAGAUAUUCAUCGACACUGGAAAAGUAGUAGGAUACGAAGCCUUGAGAAACCGAGAAAUUGGGUUUGGUGAGUGGAUAAAGCCAUCUGGUACUCCGGGUGGAGUAUCUGCCCGUAUAAAGCUAGGCGCAAGUGCAAGCAGUGCAUACAGCAAUACCAAUGAAGUUGAGGAUGUAAUAGAUAUUAUGCAGCAUGAAAACUACUUGAUAAAUUAUCACAAAGGCACAAUGUGGGUUAUGUUUCAUGAGGAUUCUAGGUCAAAUGAUGUUAUCAAGGCUGUACUGCACGCCAACAAAUUCCACGACAUGCUUGCAGAACAAAAUAUCCACAGAGAUACCGCAUGGGAUAAGUACAAUGAAAUAUUAAAGGAGAGUCUUGAAUGGAGUAAAGAGCACUACCCAACAUUUGUUGCUGAACUGGAUUCCAAGGAAUGGCAGAGUAAUGCGGUCUACUGGAAUGACAGUGGAAUGAGAUUGUCUUGGGAAGGACAUGAUGUCAAAGAAGAAAAUAUAGAAUAAUAAAAGUGAAAUAUAUAUAUAUUAAAAUAAUCUUAAAAUAUAUCAAUUGAAUUAUACAAUAAAAAAUAAGCGUUUUGUAUUUU